CCACUCUCUCCGCCGCCGCCGACGCGCAUCGGGCCACGCCCCCACAUCGGGGCCCCCCGUUCCCCAGCUCUCGCACCAACCGCCGCGGCUCAUAAUCGUACAACCGCACGCGCCGCUGCUCUCGCCUGACUCCCUCCCGUCCGCCGAACGCCCGACCCUACCGUCCGACUUAACCGCCGCUGCUUCCCCCGCCGCUGCUUUCCGCGCCCCUGAGACAACGCACCUCGCACCGCAAACAUGUCCACCACGAGGACAACCGCCGCCCACGCCGUACUACGAGACUACGAGCUCACGCACUCGCCCGAGACACCUGCUACCCUGACCACGCCGCUCGACGCCUCUCUAAACGCGCACGCCGCGCCCGCAGCCCCCGACGCUCCCCUCGGCUGGCCAACACAGCACCGCCGCGUCCCGCCCCACCGGCCGGUGAACACGCAGCUCGACCAGGGCGCGCGGCGGGUGUAUCAGAACGGGAUUGAGCGGGCGUUUAUUGGGGUUAUGUUUACGGGGGUGUUUUUGCAGAGUACUGCGAGUAAGGUGUGGAGGAAUUCGCUCGGAGGGGUCUGGGGGGUUGGGUAUAAGCUUGGGGGGGAGUGGUGAGGGUGCUGGCUUUGGAGGAGAUGGAAAUCGGGAGUGAUGACACUGGGAGAGGACUCUCCUGGCGAAGGACGCGGGAGUGUAACUGAGAUGGGCGUGGAUCAGAUUGCUGUUCAGGUUGUUUGGAUGAGUGCUUGUGCUUUCCUGACGUCGAGGGGUAGAUGGGCCAAGUUGGAUUGCGGAUUUACUCGCAGGCGCAAUUUAUUUCAGUUUCUACUA